GGCAAUAUGGCGGCUACAGUUGGGUUUAUUGUCUUUAGCCAUUCAUGUACUCGUAAAAGAUAUUCGCUAAGGAUGUUAUGAUCUACAAACAUCAUUCAACGUGUUUUAUUUCAUGUUUGUGUGAGUAUUUGUGUUCGUUUGGUUCGUUAUCAUGAAUGAAAGCGUCCCAAUCGCAACUUUGUCAGGGAUCACAAGUUUGACAAACCUGCUUGCAGAGCUUCCUUUGCCUUGCCCUACGGCAUCAAAAAGCCAGGAAAGUCUGUUUAGUAGCCCAAUCGUCGAAAAGGAAGCGAAAAAAGUUGUGAAUCGUCCCGAUGCAACAGUCAUUCAUCAAAUCAAGCAAGCUCUCGGAAGCUGCAAAUCUACUCAAGAGCAAAUUAUUCUUAAAGAUGAUGUUAGUAAAGAUAUACCAACUCCAGUAAGAGAAGAACAAUCAACACUUCUCAAUGCACUUCUAACUCAAGAACCUCAUCUGUUUACUCCAGAAAAUGAGAAAUUGGAACUGGAAGAUCUGCUAGGUAUUCCUUCAUUGUGCCACAAUACAAUUUCACCUCAAAUGUCUCCAAACCAAACUGUACCAGUAGCAGUGUCUCCAAUGUAUGCUGGAUCACCACCUGGCCUAGCACAAGUUAAUUCACCUUAUUCUCAGACAUUACAUCACAGUCCAUCUAGUGUAGGGAGUCCUUUGUCCUCCUAUGCUCAAAUACCACAAGCUUUUUCACCUCAUCGGACAGGACAGACUAAUAUCAUGAGUCCUAAUCACCAAGUACACUUGCAAGCAAGCAACCAACAAGCUUAUUCACCUGUCAAGACCAGAAGAAUGAGACAAAGCUUAUCUCAUCUUUCCCCAGAUAAUUCAUCCUCAGUGCAAUUUCAGCCACAACUAUCGCCAAAUCAAGCUGGUAGUCACACAAUGCUGCCAAUUUCACCAAGAUCAAGGAAUUCCAAUAGAAACAUCCCAGGAACAACAGAUCACAUGACCUCACCACCUCAACGUUCACCUGGAUAUAAUAGUAUAUCAGCUCUUGAGGCUAUGGCAUCCAGUAAUGGGUUUUCCAUGGCGUCAAACUCAUCACAAAAUGUAAACAUUCCAAAUUCAUCAAAAAUUAACACCAAAUCAUCAAGUCCUAAUGAUCAAUGGACUUUACAAGAAGCUUAUAGAACUGAGAUUAGUAAACCUAAUCAUGUAUCAAGCAGUGUAAAUCCUAUUGAAAUGAUUGACUUAAACAGUCAGUUUUCUGUGGAUAAGACUACCUUGGAGGAUGUACAGAAUAUAAGUUAUGAGUCUACUAUAACAGAAACUACAAUUGAAUCUGGUUUUUCUUAUCCUUCAACAAAAAAAUCAAAGAAAAAUCACAUGAGCAAAACAUUGAAGGCAAAUAAACAACAUGAUCAAGAUGUUGAUAUAUAUGAAAUGAACAUAAGAAAUAAUGAUCUUUCUAACAACCAAAGUGAAAAUGUCCCAGAGACGCCCAAAAAGUUUAAUUCAAGAACAAUAGACUUGAACAAUUCAGUUGAUUUGCUUUAUCUUGACGGAGAUCAAUCUCAUAAUGAUAUCAAGGUUGGUUCAGGUUUGACUCCACUUAAAGAACUUCAACUAUGCAUUCCUAAGCUAGUGAUUACUAAAAUCAAAGAACGGAGAGGCUCAAAAGAGAUUGAGACUCACAGUGUCAGAACAGUGAUGCCAGGUGAAGAAGAAGAUUUUGUAUUAAGAAAGAAAAGGAGAAGAUCUUUUGAAGAGGGUGAUAGACAGAGUGAUACUGAGACUGAAAAAGUACGACCUAAGAAGAAAAAGAAGAUGAAAUCCAAGAAGAAUUCUGGUCUAACAGAUGAAGAUGAUAUAAUGGAGAGUGCAACAUUCAAAAGAUUUGCUACAGCUUUGGAGAAUCUGUUUGAAUUUGAUGAUGAAUGUGGAGUAUCUUACUUGGCUGAAAUAGGUCAGUUGACUGUCUCUUUGUUUUUCUUCUUUUAYCUCUUUUUUCUUAAGUGCUUUCUAUGAAUUGUAUUAUUUCCUCUAUUUGUGUUUGUCAAG